CUCGAGAGAAUGAUAUCGACUCGUGAGUAGAGGAAUCGCCGGCGCAAAUUGCUCAAGGUCACGUCACUCAGUCACAAUGCACAUCAUCUAGCGACGGGAUAAUUUCGCAGCAAUCAUGUCAAAAUCGAUGCGCUCGCCGACGGCGCGGCUGCUCCAAUCAUCACGAUUAUUCUCCCUACCACGCCCGCUUCCAACUCCAGAACUCGCACCGGUCACCAGUGUGGGCGAAUAUCGCGCAUCACCCUCGGCGACGUUACCGUAUCCCACUCGACAAGCCAUCGUCACAACUCCAUCAUCACUUCACCGUGGUGACUGGGGAUUGAAACGACCUUUGCCGGCCAAGACCACCCAACGAACAUCAACGCCUCACGUUCGUGUCCUCGCUCACGACAACACCGAACACAUUACUGCAUUCCAAAGCGCUGCUGAUCACACGCAAACUCGAGCCAAAUUCACGGAGAUCAACCUAGCUUUUGGAGUCCAAACAUCAGCAGACAGCUACAAGGGUUCAGAGGGAUUCAAGAGUGCAUACGAUGCCGAUGUAGAUGUCAUUGAUCGGUCAGAAACAGGGGCAGACGCUAUGAGAUGGAAGAAACAAGGACCGGAGUUGGAACAGAUGCAUCAAGGUGUUUUCGAAUUGUAUCUGCAAUCGCAGGUCGUCCCUCGAAAGCUUGAAUUCCAGGAGUUCUUGCAGGAUUGGUUACUGCGGAAUCGUAUCCAGGAGGAGGAGGCAGCACUACGUGAUCAGGGCGAGCUUGCUCAAGUCUCAUCGGCACAAACGGAGGAAUUCCGUGAUGAAAUCGUCAAAACUUUCCCCGAACAACUUACACGAUUGCGCAACGAAUAUGUCCGCUAUCGACGGGGCUCUGAACUGGCCCGGGCCAUGACCGAAUUUUUGGACCUCGACGUGGCCCCCGCGGAAUCUCCGCAAGAAUCAGCAUUGACCUCAGGGAAACUUCUGGGAAGUCUCAAACCCAAGAACUCGCGCAAGCUGCCGACUACGCAUCCCGCCGCCGGCUUGUCAUAUCUGCGAACCAAUGACUUCAUGCAUAAUCAUCCUCUGUACGGACCACAGGACUCUCGCGAACCAGUCCUCGCACGUGUAUUGCUGCCCGCCUUGCGCACUGGUACUAAGGUGAACACCUCCUCGAACGCCGCUGCCAUCGGCAUAGCAGGAAUCGUCGCAGAAGAUAGGACUUUGAACUCCGUAUUCGACAAGACCACACAGCUGGACGAAGGUGACCGAGCAUACAUGCAGGCGGGCAAGAUGGCCAACAAGAUCGAACCCGACCGGGAGGGCGGAAACAAAUACUUGGUCGUCGCGCAAUCGGCGCGCAUGGACCCCGAAGGUCGCGUCAUCAUCAAAGUGCGCGCGGCUUCGGACGACAGCAUGAAGGUCAAGUUGGGCCUCGGCGAGGAAGUCCGUCUGAUCAAGUCCCAGAAGCCUACCGUCGAUGUGCCGCGCGCGCGGCCGGUUUCGACGCGCGCUCGGAUUUCAGAGUCAAACGAUGAGGAUUCGCCCAUUUUGCAACGCGCCCGCCAACGCAAUGCAUUUGCUGCCCAGCGGCGAUCCUCCUCGACCGAUUGGGAUAACUUCAACAAGGAGUAACGCUUCUCGGUCAGGACACUUUGCAAGCGAACCUCUUUCCCUUUCUCAUUAUUCUAGAUGUGUUAAAAUUAUGUACAAAGCAAGCACGCUGUAUUCUAUCGAAGCCAUGUCCAUUCAGUUCGCAUGUGAUACGUCUCAGCAAUUCCUAUAGGCAAUAUCAGUGAUCGAUGCAAUAUCAUAAUUCGUGCCAGAGACGUUCACACUGCUGCUAUGAACUUUUGGCGACAGUGCCCAAUUCAGAUCACGAUGUGACCCCA